AUGAAUUAACUUCCAUUCCCAUAAGAUCCCCUCCCGAAUUGCUUGAAACGUUGCCCUUGUGCCUUAUCAAGCUGUAUUGUCCUGAACGUAUAUUGAUAGUUCUGUGUAGUUGAAUUAAUAGUCACCAUGAAAAUUACAGUUUUCCUCCUGUGUAUCUGUCUCUCGACGUGUUUAGUCUCUGUUCAUGGGGCUCCACAAAAAAGACAAAUCCAGGCAGCCCUGGCCUCGGCUUUUGGUCAAGCUAUGGGUGAGCAGGUCCAAAAGUUUGUGAGCACAGCCGGAGACUACCUCCUUAACGCUUUGUUUGGCGAGAGUCCCUAUACCACUGUCAUGGGUCGAGGAGUUAAACUUGGGGGAAGCGGAGGAAUUGUCACCAUUCAAGACAUUGCCACUGGUAUCAUUGUCUCAGGAUAUGGACAGACUCAAGAAUUGGCAAUGGGGGAAGCCACUGCUAAUUUUAUUACCACUCUGUACAAGGGAGGAUACAUAAGCAUCGACGAUCUUCACUUGGCUCCAGUUAGAACAACUACAGCAUUGCCUUGUGCAGAUGCUUUUCCACAAAAGGUGUGUGAAUCAUACAAAAAUUUGGGAUCUUGUUCACCUGCUCACGUGACUUACAGCUUUGCCCACACGCACUGCACAAAAACUUGCGGAGGGUGUUAAAUAUACAGUCAUCAACUGCAUGAAAUCUACAUCUUAAAGAGAAAUGUAUGUGAAAAAUAAACUUUUAAAAAGCUUUAA